UAGACCCGACUGGGACAAAACUUUUUUCUCUCCCUGUGUUGAAAGUGAGCUGCAGAGAUUUGUCCCACGAACCAUGAUUUGAUUUUUUUCGUUCUAAGACUAUUUUCUAACUUCUUUUUUUGUGAGUGGGACUCUUCUUCCAGCGGAGCGUUUGUUUUGUUUUUCGUCUUUUGUGUUUGCGUCUGCUUUUUUUUUUUUUUUCCUUUUUUUUUCUUUUGGAAAAAACUGGGGCCGGACGACAACACAGAUUCCUGUGUGGAGUAGAUAUGCGCUUUGUUACAUUCACAAGUAUGCCAGCAAGAAACAACAGGGAAGCGCCGUGUUUCACUGCACAUCUCGACAGCUAACACACACACAAGAAAGAGAAACGACUCAAACUGGUCAAAGUUUAGAAUGACUCUGGAUAAGUUGUGCUGAAGCGGCGUCGAGAUUUCCAGAUUUCCUCCUGCGUAAAAAAGUUUGGGAAUUUGGCUCUCACUCUUCCCCACUCUUUUUCGCAUGAGCUCCUAAACGCGGAUUUAUAUUUAUAUAUAUAUAAACAAGUUGGCAGAGUGUUUUGGGACAAUGGAUCCGAGCCAGCACAACCCUCCUGCCGGGCACCAAAUCGUCCAUGUACGCGGUGACUCAGAGACGGACCUGGAGGCGCUCUUUAACGCCGUGAUGAACCCAAAAGGCACCAUCGUCCCACCAUCCGUACCCAUGAGGAUGAGGAAGCUGCCAGACUCCUUCUUCAAACCUCCAGAACCAAAGUCCCAUUCCAGACAAGCAAGCACAGACGCUGGGAGCGGCGGUGUACUCACCCCCCACCAUGUCCGCGCUCACUCGUCCCCAGCGUCCCUGCAGUUGGGAGGGGUUUCUGGUGGCUCCAUGUCCGGCAUGCCCCCAGCAGGUGCUUCCCCUCAACAUCUCCGUCAGUCCUCGUACGAGAUUCCCGAUGACGUGCCCCUUCCCCACGGGUGGGAGAUGGCCAAGACCCCUUCCGGCCAGAGAUACUUCCUCAACCACAUCGAUCAGACCACCACUUGGCAGGAUCCUCGCAAAGCUCUGCUACAGAUGAACCAGGCUCCUCCGCCCAGUUCUGUGCCAGUCCAGCAACAGAACAUCAUGAACCCAGCUAGUGGUCCUCUCCCUGAUGGCUGGGAACAAGCUAUUACAUCAGAGGGAGAAAUUUACUUCAUCAACCACAAGAACAAGACCACAUCCUGGCUCGACCCACGACUUGACCAACGCUAUGCCCUGAAUCAGCAGAGGAUGACCCAGAGUGCCCCGGUGAAACAGGGAGGCCCGCUGCCCCCCAGCCACAGCGGAGUCAUGGGAGGCAACAAUCAGAUGAGACUGCAGCAGAUCGAUAAGGAACGCCUGAGACUGAAGCAACAGGAUCUGCUUCGGCAGAGACCACAGGAGCUCGCUCUGAGGAAUCAGCUGCCGACUAGUAUGGAACAAGAUGGCAGCACAAUCCCAGUGUCCUCCCCUAUGGCCCAAGAUGCCCGGACCAUGACUGCCAACAGCUCUGACCCAUUCCUCAACAGCGGGACCUAUCACUCCAGGGAUGAGAGCACAGACAGCGGCCUGAGUAUGAGCAGCUACAGCGUCCCACGCACUCCAGAUGACUUCCUCAACAGUGUGGACGAGAUGGACACAGGGGACCCACUCCAGUCUUCCAUGGCAACACAGCCCAGUCGUUUCCCCGACUACCUGGACGCCAUCCCGGGAACAGAUGUGGACCUGGGCACCUUAGAGAGUGAGAGCAUGGCGGUGGAGGGCGAGGAGCUCAUGCCCAGCCUGCAGGAGGCGCUCAGCUCCGACAUCCUCAACGACAUGGAGUCCGUGCUGGCAGCUACCAAGAUCGACAAGGAGAGCUUCCUCACAUGGUUAUAGAAGGCCAGAGCGGGGCGCAUUCCUGACUCCUCCCUCUACACUCUGAACUGCUGCCUGCUCUGAGAUCUGUGAAGGAAUCAUAGAUGCUUUUUACAAGACAUUUCAGCAAGCCUCUCUGGACUUCUGUCUCAGUGCGUAAGGCCACACCUCUCCCUGAGGCAGUGUUCCCGUAACUCUUUUUCUCUUUUCACUCGUGUAUUAUCUCUUUAUUUUGUCUGUGUCUUCAAGGCUGGCCCAUGAACAGACAAUUGUGCAAAAAAGGGUCCCCACAUCUUUCACAGGUCUAUCAGUGAAUCUUUUACCUAGAGAAGGAGUCGCUCCUUCCUCCUGUUCUCCCCUCGUCUUACCUGAGCUUUGCAGACCUGCGUCACUCCUGCAAGGACUGCUGAUCGGCGCCACUGGUGCCUCUUCUUUCUCGCAGCACAGCGUGAAGCAGCACCACUUGAACUGUGUGUGUGUGGGACUUUUGCAUUAUUUCUUUAGCUCGAGUAGCUUUAUAUUUGGCCUUGUACGUUGUUUUUUUGUUGUUUUUCAUUGUGUUCAACAAGCCUGAGAAACCAAAAAUGAUGUAUUCGUAGCAUAAUGAACAAUACUGAUUUGGAAGUAAAGGUUAACUAACGCAAGGCCCAGUUUGGACGUGACGCUUUGCUGCGAGGGCGGGCUGAGGGUCGGAGCCUGGGGACCGAUUACAUUGCUGCUUGGCUGUGCCAGCAAGUCUAAGUUAAACCUUUGAUAGAUCAAGUGCCUUCAGUUGUAUUUUUUUUGAGACGCGAGCACCACAAACAAGUUUCUGUACCGCGAUAAGCAUUAGGCUGCGUUCACAAACAUCAGCCACACUUUUCCUCUAUCUAAUGUUCAAUAAUCAGAAUUGUAUUUGUUGUUUUAUAAACACAUAAGGGGAUUUAGGGAAUAACUUUUUUUUGUUUUGUUUUUUUAUCACAGUCUUAUCCAAGCCUAACUCAUAAUUCUUUUUUUUUUUUUUUUGGUUUUAUCUUUUUUAGUACUAUCUUUAUUUUUAGGUUACUACAUAUGUAUGAUAGCGUAGAUCAAACGGCAUUUGUGCUUUUGCUCUUAAUUUCUUUCCUAGAGGAGUUUAUACGUUUAACAGGGUCGACUGUUAUCACAGCACCUCACCUCACCAAGAAGAAGUCUGCCAAGACACAGAUGGAUACAGUUAUGACUUCAUUUCCUCUCUCUUAUUUACUUAUAUACAUAUUAGUGUGAUUGUUUUUUUGUUUUUUUUUUGUGUUGUUGUUGAUCACACGCAGCUUCUUACUUAUCGUAUCCUUUUCCUAAACAUUAACCAAAAAAAGAAAAGAAAAAAGAAAUCUCUUGGCUAAACAGAAACUAUAGCUCUUUGAUCAAAUAUACCAGAGUUACAAAUUGUCCUCCUAAAGAGAGAGGGGGCGGAGCUUAGCCCCAGAGUGCGAUGCCGUGCAAUGUGUUGAGAUGACGGAUUUAAAGGCUACAGCUUGGUGAAGAAGUCGAAGCAGGUUUAAGAGUCAUGUCGAGGGGUAACGUCGAAGGUCGGGGGGGGGGGGUUUGACUGACUGUUAGUGAGUUAUGUGGAUUUUAAAUUUCUUUCUUUUCAUGAUUAAGAAAACAAUCAGUUAUUAUCUCAGUAAGGAAUUGUGGCGGCAAAUUCCAAAGAUGUUUUUUUUUUGUUGUUGUUCGUUUGUUCGUUCGUUUGUUUGUAAGUAACACCAACACUAAUUCUUGCUUCCACUUUCACAGAGUCCAGAAAAUGACAUGUAAAUCAGCCUCUGUAUGAACAAACUUGUAUAAGCUAAUGAGAAAAUCAAUGUAGGUUGUUGUUUUUUUUAAAGUGUUCGUGGUCACGUCGGAGUCUGUAGCUCUCUUCUUUCUUUCUUUUUUUAGUCAACGUGGUUGUUUUGAGUGACUAACCCUGAGACUUAAAGGAGGAGAGGCAAGUUUCUUUCUCUUUCUUUUUAUCUUCUGUAAAGGGCUCACAUGUUUACAUGCUCUCUGAGUAAAAGAAUGGCUACAGUCGCAGUGGAGACAACACACACACACCGACAACUCUCUCAUAAUCAUGUUAUGCUGAUGUUUACACCACAACUACAUUUGUUUUAAUUGGUGCAGUAACCUCUGAAUAAUCAGGCUGCCACGCGUGCCCUUGGUUGAUGCCUCGCAGGAUGCCACAACAACUCUGUUGCCAACAAUUACAUAAUUGGUAGCAUUACCUUGAUGGAACAAUAUGUUUUUAGAUUUGAGAACAUGAACUUUUUUUAUUAUUAUUAUUAUUAUUGUUCUGUGCAAAAAACCUCUUUUUUCUUUUCCUUUUUUUUUAGUUUUGAUUUUAUUGAUCACUAAAAUCAUGUUGAUGAUGGAUAAAGAUGGAUAAACAGUGUUGGUGAGAACAAUGCAACUAAAAUGAGUGGUACACUGCAGUGCUUGUAUUGCACGGCGACAAGAGUUUUCAUUUUGAUGCAACGACGCAUUUUGUCACAAACCUGAUUUUAUGCUUACUUAGUGUGUAACUGUCCGAGCGUAUUAGCUGUCGACCGUCGGUGUAGCAGUAGAACUAAUCACACAAGUUAAAGGAUUUUGUAUUUAGAGUUUUCUAAAUGCACAUGAAAUGAUUUAUACUCAUUAAUGAUCUAUUCGUUUUUUGAUAGAUAUGUGCAUGUGUUUUUAGAACAAUAAAUUCUGUUACAUUAUAUUCUUUCUUCAUAUGAUACUUUGAAAUUGACCUGAAAUAAACUAUAUACUUUGUGGUAA